CACCGUGAUGCAUUCCCUCGGCAGAAUAUACGUGCUGAUCUUAUUGUAUUUUAAUUUAUUUGGGAAUACUCUUCAAGAUAACACAACUAUUGCAGAACCAACCCCAGCUGCACCACAACCCAUCACAACUAUUGCAGACCCUACCCCAGCUGCACCACCUGGAAAGGAUCCGGAUACUGCUAAACCAGAGAUUUCCAAAGAAUCUUCCUCUUCCAAAUGCAAGUCCACGGAGAUUCUGUCCGAGAAUGGGUGCGUGGAUCGGGAGUAUUUCCUGGACAAAAUAAUUAUGAGAUCCUGGAAAGACGAAGGCUUUGGAAAGGCAAAAGCAAGAGCAGGUCUGGUGGAUGUUGGGCAGUGCAAGAGCGACGAGGUAAGGACACCCUAUGGAUGUGCAAAACCACCGAUUCCACCGCAUAGGGAUUCAAAUCGGAUUAAAGUGCAGCACAGUAGACUAAGCCACAAUAAAAUCUUGAAUGGCAUUCCCAUUUCCAAAGUAAGUCGCCAGGAGGAUGACGGUGAACGCAAGGUUGUUAAAAAGCCUAGUAUCUCGGGUCCCCCGAUUACUGGUGAAAAACGGCCGCGAAAGUACGUUUUUAUGCCAGGAAGAACUUUAAGGAAGGGAUCCAAGUGUCGGCCCAAUGAAGUUCUUGGAAGAAGGAGUCGCUGCAUAAGGCGUUCACGCAAACGAAAAGAACGUGAAGAAGAAGAUACUUAAGGGAGUAAGAUAUGGAGUAAGAUAAAUAAGUAACGUGUAUCUUUUGGCUUAGGUUAUAAAAUGUUUUUACUCCUCUAUUGUCUAAAACUAUAGAAUUUAAUAAAAGUAAUAAUUUACAGCA